AUGCCAUCGCCCCCGGGUUUGGGGUGCCAGCCCCCGGCCGUGGUCCUGCGGGAGGGUGGUGCUGCCUGGUGCCCCCCAACUGGGUGCAGGGGUGGGGGGGAGGCUGCGGUGGGGGUCCGGCGCAGCCACCAGGCUGAGCUUGGUGCCAGCUCCACGCUCGCCUCCUCCUCCUCCCUGCAGGAUGCUGUUCUCAACGCCUGUUACCGGGGCUGCCGGCUGUUCUCCAUCUGUCACUUCGUGGAUGCGAGCGCCGAGCUGAACACAACCCAAGCUGAGUGUGAAGCAGCAUGCACCGAAGCCUACAGCAACGCAGAGGAGCAGUUUGGCUGCGUGACGGGGUGCCGCAAGCAGCUGCCCGAGGUGGAGAGCAGGAAGGAGAAGAGCCUGGAGCUGAAGGCUCCGUCGUUCUCCAUGUUCGAUUUGGUCUCCACCUUCUGCAACGACAUCGUCAGCUCUGCCCAGAGCUUCAUCUCCUCCACCUGGACCUUCUACCUGCAGGCAGAUGAUGGCAAAGUCGUGGUCUUUCAGUCCCAGCCGGAGAUGGAGUAUCCAGUACUCGAGGCACUGGAGACCCAGCCGGAGCGGCCGGUGCGGCCGGGACUGGGGUCCAGCCCCCACGUCUCCCAGCCCCACACAGGCCCCCGGGUGAAAGGGGAGAAGCCCCCCGUGAAGGAGCCACGAGGCAAAGGCAAGGUGCAGCACCCGGACCCCCCGCAGCCGGAGCACGACUUCCUCGGCUGCAUGUCCAAGCGCUCAGGCCUUCCUCGCUGGAUCCUGGCUGCCUGCCUCUUCCUCUCCAUCAUGGUGAUGCUGUGGCUGAGCUGUGCCAGUUUGGUGACUGCUCCUGAGCAGCACGUCAAGACCCAGCCUCUGAGCAUCAACGGAGACAAGGAGUACCUGGAAGACCUGGAUGGCCCUGGCGCUUUCCCCCUGCCGCCCGUCAUCGCCGUCACCCUGUGCCCCACGCACGGUGGCGAGGACGUGGGGCCGCUGCCCCUCAAGGUCGACCUGGGCAAGACCAUCCUGUAG